AGCCCGCGAGCAGACCUCAGAGUGAGGAGAAUCAUGGACGUAAACUGAGCCGAAAGUUACCAUGAUAAAAGUUAGGCAUUUCUUUCAAAUUACAGCAACAACACCCGUUUCCCUUGUAAAUCAACAACCUUUCCCCCCCAGGGUCUGAGGUUUGCUUAAGUUUACAAGGCAUCGCUCUUUCAACACUAACUACAGUUACACUCUGACAGAAAGAAUGCGCGAGUCAGUUAGCAUUAGCCGGCUAGCAGCGUGCUGACAGCAGCGACAGGAGGCGAACAAAAGAUUGCUCUGCAUUUGUCCGCUUGCACUGACAUUCGGUCCAUGUAGAAGGGGCGAUUAUCAACACAAUGCCCGUGUUACUUUUCCUGAUAGACACGUCCGCCUCCAUGAACCAGCGCUCCCAUCUGGGCACUAGCUAUCUGGACAUAGCGAAGGGCGCAGUUGAGACUUUCCUGAAGCUGAGGAGCAGAGAUCCGGCCAGCAGGGGAGACAGAUACAUGUUAGUGAGUUUCGAGGAAGCACCGGCUGGAAUUAAGGCUGGAUGGAAGGAAAGUCACGCCACUUUUAUGACUGAGCUGAGGAACCUGCAAGCAGUUGGAUUGACAUCGAUCGGCCAGUCUUUACGGACUGCUUUUGAUUUGCUCAAUCUCAAUAGAUUAGUUUCGGGGAUAGACAACUAUGGACAGGGUAGGAACCCUUUUUUCUUGGAGCCUGCUAUCAUUGUGGCCAUAACUGAUGGCAGCAAGCUGACCAGCAGUUCUGGUGUACAAGAUGAGUUACAUUUGCCCCUGACAACACCGUUGCCUGGCAGUGAGCUGACCAAAGAGCCUUUCCGAUGGGACCAGCGACUCUUCUCCUUAGUGCUUCGCAUUCCAGGCCACACCUCUCCUGACCCCGAACCAAUAGGUGGAGUUCCACUUGACCCAUCCCCUAUUACGCCCAUGUGUGAGGUCACUGGGGGCCGUUCAUACAGCGUAUUUUCCCAGAGAAUGCUGAACCAGUGUCUGGAGUCUCUGGUGCAAAAAAUCCAGAGUGGUGUGGUCAUUAAUUUUGAGAAGACUGGACCUGAUCCUCCACCUACUGAAGAUAGCCAAAUAGAAAUGAAGUAUGGACCUCAAUCAUGGCACAGCUGUCAUAAGAUGAUCUAUGUCAGACCCAACCCUAAAACGGGUGUUCCUGUUGGUCAUUGGCCUAUUCCGGAGUCGUUUUGGCCUGACCAGAACUCUCCUACUUUGCCUCCGCGUGCAGCUCACCCGCAGGUGAAGUUUUCAUGUGUUGAUUCAGAGCCCAUGGUGGUGGAUAAAGUGCCCUUUGACAAGUAUGAGCUAGAGCCUUCUCCGCUCACUCAGUACAUACUGGAGAGGAAAUCACCGCACUCCUGCUGGCAGGUUUUUGUGUGUAACAGUGCUAAAUACGGAGAACUCGGGCAGCCGUUUGGUUAUCUGAAGGCCAGCACAGCUCUUAACUGUGUCAACCUGUUUGUCAUGCCCUAUAACUACCCUGUGGUGCUGCCUUUGCUUGAUGACUUGAUUACUGUGCAUAAGUUCAAGCCUCCAGCAAAGUGGCGACAAUCUUUCGAGAACUAUCUUAAAACAGUCCCGCCCUACUAUAUCACUGCCCUGCGGAAAGCACUAAGAAUGAUGGGAGCUCCAAACCUGUUGGCUGACAACAUGGAGUACGGUCUGAGCUAUAGUGUUGUGUCUUAUCUCAAAAAGCUCAGUCAGCAGGCAAAGAUCGAGGCAGACAGAGUUUGUGCAUCAGUAGGAAAAAAGGCGGCACUAGAAGGUGGGAUUAAACUUCGCUGCAGAAGCUCCGCCCUCUCUCUGGCACACAGGAAGGAUUUCACACAGCUGUUGCACAGUAUCAUGGGAGAUGGGCCGGCUCUGCCAAUGGAGGCAAACACCAAGGAGUUUGCUGGCUUUCAACUAGCUGCUCUGAAUAAAGCAUUAAAACCGCAAGGACUGCGGAACCCCUAUGAUAUCCCAAGAUCUCAUCUGCUAGACCAGCUGAGCCGCAUGAGGCGGAACCUUCUGCACGCCAGCAUCUGUAUUCUGAAAGGUCAAGAUCAAGAUCAGCUGCACAGUGUUCCUAUAGCUCAGAUGGGCAACUAUCAGGAUUUCUUGAAGCAUUGCCCGUCCCCUCUGAGAGAAGCAGACCCCGAUCAGCCUAAGCGUUUGCACACCUUUGGUAACCCCUUCAAAUUGGACAAGAAGGCCAUGAUGGUAGAUGAGGCAGAUGAAUUCGUUACUGGCACUCAAGGCAAAGGCAAACGUCCUGGAGAAUCAAGCAGUCCUGCUGGGGGCGGGGCCCCCAAACGCAGACGCUGUAUGUCUCCUCUGCUUCGGCUGGGACGGGCAUAUACACCUCCCAAAACACCACCUAGAACUCCAGAUAAUGAUGACACAGAAUUAAGCAAUCACAUCAACAACCAUCUCGAGUCAAACCGCAACUCGGACAAGGAGCCGAGUCCUGCACCCGAGUCUGAACUGAUCGAGCAGAGUGACCUCCUUCAGCUGGAUGAGGUCGAGAACCAGGAAAACCGAGUGCAGGAGAACGGCCAGUCCAGUGAUAGUGAGUUUUCUCUGGGCAGUGAGGGUGAAGAGGAGGCCCCAUGCCGCUACCCUUCCCCCUGCCAACUGAAGAAGAUCAGGAACCAAGAGAGCCAGGAACUGAACUCUGAACUCAGAGUACUCAUCACCAAGGAGAUCAGGAAGCCAGGCAGACGUUAUGAGAAAAUCUUCUACCUCCUCAAGCAAAUCCAAGGCAGUUUGGAAACGCGUCUGAUCUUUCUGCAGAGCAUAAUCAAAGAGGCUGCCAGGUUUAAGAAAAGGGUCUUGAUUGAGCAGCUGGAGAACUUCUUAGAGGAGAUUCACUUAAGAGCCAACAGCAUGAAUCAUCUGGACGGUCUCUGAGCACUCCAUCUGUCCUACUUGAAGGACUCGCGCACAUAUCUGCACUAUUUAUGUAAAGUUAUUUUGGACUUGUGUGUCUCCAGUCUUUAUCAGUAUUGAAGCUGAUGUUAUCAAUGAGGACUUGAUGGGUUGUCGCUAAACCUCAGGAUUGGGAAAAAUGGGAAAAGUUGGUCAUACACGCGCACUUCUAUUUUUUUUGUUGGUUUUAGGGCAUUUUCUUUUCCCAUUUAAAUGUGCCAAAGAGAACUGGUUGGCAUUGGCUUCCUCUUUCUGUUUUUGUACACACACACCCCCCCCCCCACCCCACCGGAACAUUUUGACACGUGGCAGUGGUCACCAAUAUAAAGGUUUUCCUUUCAUUUCAGUCGGGAAUUGCACCUCUGCAAACUCACUGCUGCAUUCAGUCUCAUCAGACAAGACAGACGAUUUACUGGAAAUCACAUUUGUUUGGUUGGCUCUCUUAAUAAAGCAACUAAAUCAGCAAUAUUCUACACCAAUAAAAAGGCGAGUUACCAAGCAAUUCUUCAAAGUUGGAGGUUUGAGUGACUUUGAGGUUUUAUAAUUAAAUGUAGACUUGCACACUCCAAAAGUCAUUUGUUUGUUAAAUAACUCCGCUCAGGAAUGAUGUUGCAGAAGAUUUAGCAUUUGGCAGCAGAUGAACAUCAAUGAAUAUUCUUAAAAAGCUCUUUCUCCUUUCACAAACGUGUAGUUUUUUUUUUUUUUUAAUCUUUAAAAACCAAGUUGCCACUUAGACUUAUUUUUAAACCACACAGCAUUAUUAAGCAUGGCUUCAAGCAACUGUUUUGCCUUUAGCAAAAGACCUUCUGUAGCAUGCCAUGUGGUUUUCAGACCACAGAAUCAUGAUAAACUUCUGUGAAAAAUAAGGACUUCUCUGAACUUUUGCUCUCUUGACUAAAAAUUGCUAAUAACAGUUCUGCACUGAGUAAACAUAUUUGAUUUACAGAAGGAUAUAAUGUUGAGACUCCCGAACGGUGUAAAGUUGAUACUUAAUCAUUCAGGAUGGAGUUAAGAGCCACUUAUUCAUUGACAUGGGAAGUUGCUGCUAAUGUAUUCCUACAUUACUGCCAAAUAUCCAGUAUCCCUUAGCUCGUUUUUUGUUUUGGUCUGUCUUUGUGUAUCUCACCCUCUUAACCCUGCACCCUAAUGUAGGGACCAAAUCUUUGCCAUAAAUGUUACCCAUAAAGGAGAAAGGCUUCUUUAAAAAGUAUUUUUAUUAUGCUGUAUAUAUGUACAUGGUGACAUUGAAAAUAUUAUUUAAGAAUGUUUUGGUGGAAAGCCUUUUUUUUUUCUUUUUUUUUGUAUGUAUUUGGAUAGCCUAUUUUACACUGUGAAUAGUCAUGUAAAUAAAUGACAUUUUCUGUCAUUAAUUUCUCAGUGGCACAAUGUCAUUAAAAAGGAUUGUAAAUCUUA